CAUGAAAAUAAAAACACAAUGGCAGAACAGUCGGUUUUGACGAAAAUAGUAACAAUAACAUGCAAACAGCAAGUCGUUCGGGCGGUACGCUUCAACGUAGAUGGUUCUUAUUGUUUGACUUGUGGUGCUGAUAAGAAAAUAAAACUUUGGAACCCACACAGUCAAAUAUUACUCAAAACCUAUGGAGGACAUGCGAAUGAAGUGGUCGACGCUGCCGGUUCCUGUGACAGUAGCCAUAUUAUAUCAUGUAGUUCUGAUAAAUCUGUUAUAUUAUGGGACGUAACGACAGGACAGCCUCUACGGCGAUAUAGAGGACACGCGAGCUCUGUAACAUGCGUAAAGUUCAAUGAGGAAUCUACGAUGGCUGUAUCUGGAUCUGUAGACAACACUGUAUGUUUUUGGGACGUUAUCAGUCGAAGGCAGGAGCCCGUUCAGAUAUUAAAAGAUGCAAAGGACACAAUAACCUCCAUACAGGUUACGGACCACGAAGUAUUAACUUCGUCAGUGGAUUGUCAUAUGCGUUUGUAUGAUAUGCGUGUGGGAAAAAUGCUCUCUGAUUACAUUGGUCAUAUCAUAACAUAUGGCAGCAUGACCCAUGAUGGCCAGUGUUAUAUAUUAAGCUGCACAGAUAAUACAAUUAAAUUGUUUGAUAAAGAUUCAGGAGAAUUAUUAAAUACUUUUUCCGGUCAUGAUAGUAAAGACUUUUUAUUAGAAAAUGCAGUGAACGAAAAAGACAGUCAUAUUAUCUCUGGUUCGGCAACUGGGGAGAUAUUUUAUUGGGACUUAGUAUCUAGUAGAUGUACGCAAAAAUUAAUACAGGGAUGUAAGCCGGUGGUCUCUUUAAGUCACCAUCCUACUGAUAAUUUUUUGUUAUCAUCUAGUGAAGAUGAAGUUGUUUUAUGGGGUGUACCAAAGAUGGAUAACUAAUUGUUAAUAGACAA